AAGGUCUUCACAUCUAAAAUUUUGCUAAAAUGGAAGCAAAAUACAAACCAAAUGACCCUCAAUUGAUCGAAAAUAUCUUGGCGGAAGUCAAACGAAGCGGCAUGUUUGAUCAAUUUCGCAAGGACUGCAUUUCCGACGUCGACACAAAACCGGCUUUCCAAAAUCUCCAGUUUAAAGUCGAGAAUACCGUAACAAAGUUUUUGAGUUCGCAAAAAUGGUCCGCCGACACGAAUCGAAAUCAAUUACGAGAGAAAUUACGAAAAAAUAUCUUGGAUUCAGGAUAUUUAGAAUCCGGUAUCGAACGCAUCGUAGAUCAAGUUUUAUAUCCAAAAAUGGCAGGAUUUCAAUCGCAAAUUGAAGAACUCGUGUAUAAAUAUUUAAAUAUCGAUCGCCCGAAGAAACGUGAACCGAAAGAGGAACCUUUCGAAGACUCGUUGAACGUUUCUUCGUUACUUCCGAAGGACUUGGAGGCAGUUUCGAGUCCAGAAUCUGAUAAAUUAGCAAAAACUCCGCCUCCUUUGCCGCCUCCAUUGCCUCAAGACGAGUCUUUAGAACCCAUAGCUGAUGAUUCUGACGACGAAUCUCCCGCUUUUGAGCCUUUAGAGGAAAUUGUGAAGAAGGAAAACGACGAUUCGCAUUUGUCGGGCUUGAGCAACAUGAAGUCCGAGUGCGAAUUUGACAUAAAAACGGAAAAAGAAGCUGAAAAAGUGACACCUUCGAUGGAAUCUUCGCUCAAACAGGAAGAAGACGAGUCACAAUUGUCGCAAAUUUCGAGCAGAAGUCGCUUGUCGAUCGUUUUAAAGUCGGAAACGAACUCGCCGAGUCCCAAACCUGAAGUUUUGAACAUCACGGAAGAAGCUCAGAUGCCCAAAUUUAGUGAAAAUUCAAACAGCAUCGAUUCGAGAGGAGCUUUGAAGCCAGAAACGACCCUUGAGGGUCAUUCCGUGUUCGAUUUCAAGAAAGAAGAGAUCGAAUUUCAAGGUCCGUCGCGAAAACAAAUGACUUUGGAUGAAAAAUUACAAGAAGAAAUCUACGAAAGCGAGAAUAAACACACAAAAAUGCUCAAAAUGGAAGAUCUCGACACGAAUUCGCACUCGAGCGACAUGAAACUCGAGAUUGUCGAGCAAAAUAUCACCGAAUCCGAGUCUGGAUUGAAAAUUGACGUCGAUGCGGGAACAAAUCCCGACACGAAUGACGUCAAAAAGGAAGAAAAUGACGAAAAAGAUGCCGUUUUUGAGGCGCCAAAGCAAGAAAUUGUCGAAACCGAGACAAAAACUGAUGAAAAAUCGAGUGAAAAACAUGCGAAAUCUUCAGAUCGGUCCAAAGAUCGAAGUAGAAGUGAUCAUAAAUCAUCAAAAUCCUCGAAACAUUCGUCGUCGUCGUCGCAUUCGAAGGACCGCGAUCGAAAACAUUCAUCCUCAAGUCAUCAUUCUUCGUCGAAAAGUCGAUAUUCGGACAAGGAUCGACAUCAUUCGAGUUCCAGUAGUCGUCACAAGUCAUCCAGCAGCAGUAAAGAUCGGGAUCGGAAGGAAUCUGCUUCGUCCUCGAAGGAUAAGGAUCGUCAUCGUUCGAGAUCUUCAGGUCAUAAAAGCACAAGAGAUGAAAAAAGGCACUCGGAUGAUCACAAAAAGGACCAAAAAACAUCAGAAAAUGAAAUUUCUCCGCCUUUACCAUUACCGCCGUUGCCUCCAUUGCCUCCUGUUCCCGCAGAAAUCGCGCAAGAACCUCCAAAAGAGCCUGAAACGGAAGUUCCUGAACCCAAAAUUCCUUCCCCGGCCCCAAAAAGUUCAAAUAUCGACAGUGACGAAGACGAUUUUUACGGAUUUCCUGAGCCAGAAGCUCAUUCCUUCACAACUCCGAUAACGACCCCAUCUAAAAUCGCUUCUACCAUCACUCCAUUAUCGCAAAAACUCAAUAAAAGUUUCACGGAUGAGGAUUCUUUUUACGGUUUUGACGAUGGAACACCCAAAAAACCCUUUGACACGCCCAAAAUCCUGCCCGAACUCACGAAACAAACGGAUGACGACAGCAGAUCCGGCAAACGGGUGCGAAAACCGAACGCGAAAUACCUUUCGGAGGACUUUACAACGACACAUGAUGACGAAGAGGACGCCGCGAUGCCAGAAGAAGCGGAAAAAAGCAAAAAACGCAAGACAAAAAUCACGCAAGACAUUGUGAGACUCCCGAAAAAGCAAAAAAGUGAAGAAAAAAUUGACGAAAUGCCGGAUUUGGAUGAAGAAGAGCCGCCGUUGGUGAUUGACGAGAACCCGAGUCCCAAAAGUCAUGGGAAAAAACGACACGAGAGCACGGGCGAGAGCAGUAGAAGUAGUUCGCGACACAAAAAAUAAUUUUUUUCUGUACAAAAGAUGAAUUUUUUAUUUUAUUUAAAAUUAAAAUUAGAAAAUUUUCACUAAAAGAUUCCUAAAAAUAGAUUUUUUUUUUUACAUUUUACAAAAAAUGAAACAAGGAAAAUUUUUAUUUAUUUAUUUUAGCGUAAUUUUUUUUUAAUAUAGAAAUUUAUUUAAUUUUAUUUACU